AUGUCUGCUAAUUGGGAAUCUUACAAUUAUGACCCUGCUAAAGUGUUGGAAAUCCAAGCAAGUUAUCUUAGAUUUUUGGCUUCUUUAUAUCCGACUGGAUCGCCCGCAAAUGCCUCAAACCCUAUUCAAGAUCCUUUAUUACAAUCAUUAAAUAACCCGAUAUUAUCUCCGAAUUUAGAGCUGCAAAGCAUCAGAUCGCCAUUAGGACAAACAUUUAGAAGUAUGUCGCCCCCUUUAAGCAGCAGAAGGGAAGCCAAAGAAAGCCCAGAAAGACAAGAAAGGCCAAAAAAUCCAUAUGAUGAUGUGCCUGUUAAACAGGUACAAAAAACUUUUGAAGAAUUAUUAGAAGAGCAGCUUAAUAAAGAGAACGGUAAGAAGGUAAUCAAUAGCAGAAUCCCUGCUAAAAAAGUAGAAGAAGUGCCAAAAAAAGUAGGAGAAGUACCGAAAAAAGAAAAUCCAAAAAGAAAAUUGUCAGGAGGGAUAAUCCAGCAAGUACCAAAAAGGACUUUGGAGCUGAAAUUAUCAAAUAUUGUGAGGACUAGUGAGACUACAGAAGAAACACAAAGAGAAAAUAAAAACAGUGCAAAAAAUAGAGAAAAAUCGCCCCCAUUUCUGAAGAGAGGCCAAGGACAGUUGUGCAGCCAAAUUCGAGCUGUUUCCUCACCUAAAAUUAGGCCAUUGCAAUCAGCUCGCAUUCUGCAGCGAUCUUCAUCAAUUGGAGAUAAAUUAUCUUCAAAAAAUACAACUCCAGUGAAAAAAGUCAGAAAAUUAGAAGCACUUAAUACAGAAAGAGCUGAGAAAACUGAAUUGGCUAUACAAAUUGAAAAAUUUAAAAGAGAAAGCUUGAAAUUAAAAUCCAUUGCAGAUGAAUUAGAAAAAAGAAAGAAAAAGCUUGAAGAGGAGGAAAAAGCUUUUCACAUCAUGAAGAAAAAAGAAAUGGAUGAAUUUGAAAGUUGAAAAAAAGAAGAAACUAAAAAAAUCCAUAUGAAUGGCAAAAAAAUUAAUAGCAAAGAAGACGAGGUUGAAGCAUUAAAAAGAGCUAUUCAAAGGCUGCAAGAUAUAGCAAAAACCAAAGAUGCAAAAUACGAAGAAACUAUAGAUAAGCUCAAAAAGCAUAUUGAUGAGCUUAAUAAAAAAGUAAAGUUUUAUGAAAAUAAACCAGAAAAAGAAAUAAGUGAAGAUAUUUAUAAAAUCAGCCCACAGAAAAAGCCUCUGAAUCAAGAAAUUUUUGAAGGAAAUCAUAAAAGACAAGAUAGCCUUCCUAAGAUUGUAAGUGAGUCUAAAACAGAUGAUGGAAAAAUUCAACGUGUUUAUUCUGAUGGCAAAAAAGAAAUUUUAUUCACAAAUGGCGUCAGAAGGGAAAUUUUUCCGAAUGGCUAUAGUGUGGUUUACUAUUCAAAUAAUGAUAUAAAGCAAAAUUUUCCUGAUGGAAAAAUUAUAUAUUUUUAUUCUGAAGCACAAACCACACAAACAACUAUGCCAGAUGGGCUCCAAAUUUAUAAGUUUUCCAAUGGGCAAAUAGAGAAACAUUUUCCAGAUGGCACCAGAGAAAUAACUUUUCCAGAUGGGACUAUAAAAUGUGUAUUCGCUGAUGGAGAAGAAGAAACAGUCUUUACUGAUGGGACAAUUCAGAAAAAAGAUGCUCAAGGUGUUAAAUAUAUGGAAUUUCCGCAAGAUGAAAAAAAUAAAAUGCCAAGAGAGAGUGAUUUAGCGAUUGAUGAGUAA